AUGCCGCAGAAGCGCCGCGAGGCCUUCGUCGCCGCGAAGGAGGCGCCCGCGGCGCUGAGCGCCCUCGAGCAGCUCGUCGCCGAGGCGGCGGCGGCCGAGGCCGGCGCCGCGCGGACGGCGAAGCGCGAGGCCCUGGCCGCGGUCCAGGCCGAGGGCCGCGCCUUCCGGGCGGCGCGGUCCGGCGCCCGGCGCGCCCUGGGCCGGCUGCGCGCGGACCGGCGGGGCGGCGACGACGCCGUCGGGCGAGCGCUCGCGGCCGUCGACCCGGUGGGCCUCCUGUCGUCCUGGGCCGCGUUCUGCCGCGCCGCGCCGGAGAACCACGACGUCGAGGCGCCGCGCGUCGCCCGGCGCUGCCGGGCCAAGUGGCGGCGCUUCGCGGCGCCGGAGGCCGCGUUCUCGGACAGGGGGGUGGCGCUGCUGGGCCCGGACGGCGAGCCCGCGCGGAACCGCGGCGCGCGCGCGCUCGUCGCGGCGGCGCCCGGCGCGCCGCCGGCGCUGGACGCCGUGUCCCUGGACCUCGAGAAGUGGGCGCCGCGGCGGGGCGACGGGUCGCCGGCCGUCGCGACGGCCGACGGCGGCGCCGCCGUCGCGUCGGCGCUCGCGGUCGGCGACGACGUCCGCCCCGCGGGCGCGGACCACUGGUGCACCGUCGUCGCCGUCGACGCCCUCCGGCGCCUCGUCGAGAUCGCCGCGCCGGCGCCAUUGCCCCGCGCCGUCGCCGCCGUCGCCGGCGCGGCGCCCGGUCGACGCGGCGCCGCGGCGUCGGCGCUCGAGCUCUUCGAGCUCUGGGGCGCGGCCGUGGCCCGGCCCGGGUCCGCGCCCCUGCUCUUCCACCUCCCGCGGCGCGACCACGCGCCGGGCCUCGCGCAGCUCGUCGCCUGGGCCGUCGAGGACGCCGCGGUGCCGGAAACGACCGCGCGGCGGCGGCGGCCGCGCGCCGCGGAGCUGCCGCCCUACGAGGCGCCGUUGCUCGAGCUCCUCCGCGCGGAGCACGGGGCCCUGGUCCUGCGCUGGGACCCGCGCUGGGAGCGGCGCGGCGGCGACGCGGACGGCGGCGACCGGCGGACCUGGGCCGACGACCGCGCGGAGCGCGGCCGCGUCAAGCUCGCGAGGCUCGGCGUCGACGAGGUCCGCGCCGUCAUCCUGCGCGCGCACGGCCUCGGGGCCUACGCCGAGGCCUUCGCGGCGCUCAAGGUCGACGGCGCGGUGCUCCAGCGCGCCAUGUCCGUCGGCGACGUCGAGGCGCUCGGCGUCGCGCGGCGCGCGGACGCGCUCCGCCUCCGCGACGUCCUCGCGACGCUCCGCGCCGACGGCGUCGCGGAGAAGGCCAUCUGCCGCGCCUACGCGGCGCGCCGCGACGCCAGGGUCGUCCUCGAGCGCACGAAGGCCGUCGCGGGCGCGGCCGUCGUCCUCGAGCUCUUCCGGGGCGGCGCCUCGGCCGAGGCCGACGCGGGCGCCUGGGACGUCGUCCACAGCGGCCCCGGCGGCGGCUGCCGCGUCGCGGGCCUCGCGCCGGCGACGCGCUACCGCUUCCGCGUCUCCGUCGUCCACGGCGGGAAGCAGAUCUCGAAGUUCGGCAACGUCGCGCUCGCGACGACGGGCCCGCCGCCGCCGCCGCCGCGGCUCAGCGCCUGGUUCAAGACGCCCCCGGACAGGAGCCGCGUCCGGGACCCGACGGGCGGCGGCUGGAGCGAGCGCACCGUCGAAUUGCUGCUCGACGGCGCGCCCCCCUCGCGCGACGCGGUCUUCGUCGUCCUCAUGCGCGACGACGACGACCCGGCGGGCGCCUGGGUCCGCUGCCACCGGGGAAGAACGCCGCGCGUCCGCGCGACGUCGCUCGUCGCGGGCCGCACCUACGCGUUCAAGGCCGCGUUCGCCGUCGCCGAGCGCGACGCGACGCCCUUCUCGGAGCCGCUCCGGGUCACGGCGCCGGGCGCGCUCCCGCCGGGCGGCGCGACCGUCGACGCGCGGCCCCCGGCGCCGGACGACCGCGCCGCCGCGCCGCCGCCGCCGCGGGACGAGCUCUUCGAGUCCGUCGGCGGCGGCGCGUGGCGCGUCGCCUGGUCCGACGACAAGCAGCGGCCCUACUACCACAACGUCUACGGCGCGCGGCGGCGGCCGCCCGCGGGCUCGGCUGCUUCGGCCGUCGACUUCCGCGACGAGGCCGCCGUGGCCGCGUUCGUGGCGGGCGUGCCCGAGCCCGUCGAGGUCGCCGUGCACAACAUCGGCGGCAACGUGCGGGUCCCCGUCGCGGAGACGACGGCGCGCGUCUACACCAAGGUCUGGGAGCUGUGCGCGCUGUCCGCGUUCCACUUCUCCAAGGCCGUCGUCCCCGGCAUGGUCGCGCGGGGGCGGGGCACGGUGAUCUUCACGGGCGCGACGGCGUCGACGCGCGGCGGCGCCGGCUUCGCCGCGUUCGCGUCGGCCAUGGCCGCGAAGCGGGCGCUCGCGCAGUCGCUCGCGCGCGAGGUCGGCCCCCGGGGCGUCCACGUCGCGUCCGUGAUCGUCGACGGCGGCAUCGACACGGCGUUCGUCCGCGACCUGGUCGGCGAGGCGGCGUACGCGGACCUCAAGGGCCGCGACGGCCUCCUCGACCCGGACGCGAUCGCCGACGCGUACUGGGCGCUCCACGCGCAGCGGCGGAGCGCGUGGACGCACGAGCUCGACCUGCGGCCCUACUGCGAGACGUGGUAG